CGCUAGGAGAGGCGGCCGGCGGAGUGUCUGUCUGCAGAGAGAGGGAGAGAUGGAGGUGGCUGUCGGCUCGGCGGCCUCGCUCCUGGGCAAGGUGUGGACGACGCUGUCCGAUGGCCUGGUGGCGGCGUACGUGGACAGCCUCCAGCUCGGCCAAAACUCGGAGGAGAUCAGGGAUAAGCUGCUGCACACGCAGGGCCUGCUGCACAACGCCCAGUUGGUGAGCGACGUCCGCCACAACCCUGGCCUGCAUCGCUUGCUGGAGAAGCUGAGCAGGGACGCCGACCAGGCCGAGGACCUGCUGGAUGAGCUCCACUACUUCCAGAUCCAUGACAGGCUCCACGCCACCAACCACGCCACCACCCAAACCAGUACUGCUCUCCACGCCGGUACUGCUCUUGGCCACACCCUAACCAGCUUGCUCCACUGCUUUUCUUGCUCCUCCUCUACACCCAAGGUCAAGAGCGAUGCUGCUGCUGCUGCCGGUGGUGCACCACGCCGCGUCACAAACACCCUAGGCACCUUACUCCACUGCUUAUCUUGCUCCUCCUGUACACCCAAGAUCAAGAGGAAUGGUGGUGGUGCUGCUGCUGCUGUUGCCGGCGUCGGUGGUGGUGAUGCUGUUGCCGGCAUCACCACCAACUCCAACUCUGCUACUGUUGAUGACAAUGUUGAUACGCUGCUGCAUUUUGACAGAGUGUCCAUGUCCAGACAAAUCAAGUCCGUGUUACAGGCCAUGCAGUCCCACUGUGAUUCCGUCUCCAAUUUGCUCGGCACCAUCCCAACCAACAGCACCCCAGUCGUCCUACGACGGCCUCAGACUGUUUCCAUGAUUAUACAAGAUACAUUGCAUGGCAGGAGAGACACUUUUGAGGAAGCUGUCGACCGGAUCACUGAUACCAUUGGGGCUGCCACCAAGACUGUUUCUGUUCUUCCUAUAGUUGGUCCAGGGGGUAUUGGAAAGACAACUUUCCUCCAACAUCUGUAUAACGAUGCAAGGACUCAAGAGCAUUUCCAUGUCAAAGUCUGGGUAUGCGUAUCCACUGAUUUCGAUGUGCUUAAGCUAACCAGGGAGAUCAUUGGCUGCAUACCUGCAACUGGAGGAGCAGGAAGCAGCAGCGUUGCAAAUGAAACAACCAAUCUAGACCAGCUUCAGAGAUCCAUAGCAGAACGUCUCAAGUCCAAGAGGUUUCUGAUUGUCUUGGAUGAUAUAUGGAAAUGCGACGGUGAGGAUCAGUGGAAAACCCUGCUAGCUCCCUUCACAAAGGGGGAAGCCAAAGGAAGCAUGCUACUUGUCACAACUCGAUUCCCAAAGGUAGCAGACAUGGUGAAAACACUUGAUCCACUAGAGCUGCGAGGUUUGGAGUCUAAUGCUUUCUUCACGUUCUUUGAAGCAUGUAUAUUUGGUGGAGACGACAAGCCUGAGCAUUACGAAUAUGAUUUAGCUGGUAUUGCACGGAAAAUUGCAGACAAGCUAAAGGGUUCCCCCCUCGCAGCCAAAACAGUUGGUAAGCUAUUGCACAAGGACCUUUCUCGGGAACAUUGGAAUGGGGUUCUUGGAAAUCAUCAGUGGCUAGAGCAGCAAAAAGAUGAUGAUAUCAUGCCAUCCUUAAAGAUUAGCUACGAUUUCCUCCCUUUUGAUCUGAAGAAAUCAUUUUCCUAUUGUGGCCUUUUCCCUGAAGAUCAUGAGUUUACUUCUUCAGAAAUAAAUCAUUUCUGGGUUUCAACGGGCAUCAUAGACUCUAAGCACCAAGCCAAUAGGGAUUACUUGGAAGAACUAGUGGACAAUGGUUUUUUUAUGAAGAAGAAAUCCAAUUAUUGGGAUAAUAUAUACAACCAAAUGAAGGAAUUUGAUUGCUAUGUAAUGCAUGAUUUGAUGCAUGAGCUAUCUAGGAGUGUUUCUGCACAAGAAUGCCUCAAUAUAAGUGGCUUAGAUUUCAGAGCUGAUGCCACCCCACAAUCUGUUCGGCACUUGUCUAUCAACAUAGAAGACAGAUAUGAUGCAAAUUUUGAGCAAGAAAUGUGUAAACUAAGGGAGAGGAUAUACAUUGCUAAUCUGCGGACUUUGAUGAUUUUUAGAGAAUAUGAAGAAGAAAGAAUCACCAAGCUUUUGAAAGAUACCUUCAAGGAAAUAAAUAGUCUGCGUGUCCUAUUUAUAGUGGUGAAGUCUGCAGAAUCUUUUCCGUAUAGGUUCUCAAAACUUAUCCACCUCCAGUACCUCAAAAUUACUUCAUCAUUCUACAGUGACAGGGAAAUGAGGUUACCUGGUACACUAUCAAGAUUUUAUCACUUGAAAUUCUUGGACCUAGAUGGUUGGCGUGGGGGUUCUGAUUUGCCUGAAGACUUUAGCCACCUUGAGAAUUUACUUGAUUUCCGUGCUGAAAGUGAACUCCACUCCAAUAUUCGCAAUGUCGGAAAGAUGAAGCAUCUGCAGGAGCUAAAAAAAUUCCAUGUUAAGCAGGAGAGCAUGGGAUUUGAACUGUCAGAACUUGGGGCAUUGACAGAGCUUGAAAGAAAACUCAUCAUACGUGGUCUUGAACACGUGGCGACCAUGGAGGAAGCUACCGCAGCCAAACUGAUGUUGAAAAGGAGUCUGAAGGAGUUGGGAUUACACUGGGACAACUCUAAUCGACCAACUACAGAUGCUGAUAUUGUUGAUGCCCUUCGACCACACCCUAAUCUUAGAGCACUUACAAUUGCAAAUCAUGGUGGUACGAUUGGUCCUAGUUGGUUGUGUCUUGACAUCUGGUUAAAAAGUUUAGAAACUCUCAUUUUAGAAGGCAUAUCUUGGAGCAUCCUUCCGCCCUUUGGGACGCUGCCAAAUCUCAAGGGACUCACAUUGAAGAAAAUUUCUGGAAUGCAUCAGUUUGGGCUUGGAUGUGGUGGCGCUCCAGGCGAAUGUUUUAUGCGGUUGAAGGAAGUUGAGUUUUAUGAGAUGCCGGAACUAGCUGAAUGGGUUGUGGAACCUAAUUGUUAUUCCUUCCCAAGUCUUGAAAUGAUCAUAUGCAUCGAUUGUCCCAGACUCUGUGUGAUGCCCUUGUCGGAGGUAUCGUGCACCAAUUUGCGCAGACUUGAAGUUUCUGGGUGCCCCAAGAUGUGUCUGCUUUCCAUGCCUCACACCUCCACACUGACAGACUUGGUUGUUAAAACAGGUGGAAGAGCUGAUCCAGAAACGUUGUUGUCUUAUGAUGGAAAGAAAUUGGUUGUUAGAGGGUAUGGCGGUGCUUUGGCCUACCACAAUGUGGAUAAAGUAGAAGAAAUGGAUAUUGAUAAUGUAUCGCACAUAUCAUUGACACACAUUGAAAAGUUUAAAUCCCUAACAGAGCUAAGUGUCGGAAGAUGCGACGGUUUGUUCCCUGAAGAGCUGGAUGGCAGUUUUGUCUUGCGUUCAGUUAAGAGUCUCAAAUUAGAUAUAUCUCAUCUUAGCAGCAGCAGCAGCAAAUCAUCAUCUUCAAAAGUAUUAAACUGUUUCCCAGCUGUUUCUGUGUUGGAGAUAGUUGGAUAUGGAAACCAUGACUAUGAGGAAUGUGUAAUGCAGCUCCCAUCAUCCAGUUCACUGCAGGAACUUACCUUCUCAAAGUGUAGGGGGCUGGUUCUUGUGCCUGUGGAGAAGGAGGCUAAUAUUGGAGGAGGAAUUCAGGAGGGAAACUCAUUGCUCCAAUCAUUAACAAUAUCUGACUGUCACAAAUUGUUCAGUCGGUGGCCCUCCUUGGGCACGGGAGAAUCAGCAGAUACCAUUAUUUACCCUUUCCCUGCUUCCCUGAGGGAACUUGAUGUUUGGGACGAGCCAAGCAUGAAGUCAAUGGGUCUGCUCUCAAACCUCACGUCCCUCACCAGGCUAAGGCUAGGUAGGUGCAGUAAUUUAACAGUGGACGGAUUCAAUCCUCUCAUCGCAGUCAACCUCACAGAGCUACAAGUGUGUCAGUGCAACACCUUAGCAGCAGAUAUGCUCUCAGAGGUGGCCUCUCACUCUCACUCUCACUCUCACUCUCACUCUCAGAGGGCCGAAUUAUUGCCCGCUGAAAGUUACAUGUCUAGAUUGGAGGUACUCAGCGUGGAUGGCAUCUAUGGAUUGCUUGUUGCUCCUAUUUGCAACUUCCUCGCCCCGGCGCUCCGCACACUUGAAUUCGAUUCUGACAGGAGGACGGAAAGCUUGACGGAAGAGCAAGAGAAAGCGCUGCAGCUCCUCACCUCCCUCCAGAAUCUAGGUUUUAUAUAUUGCGCGGUUCUUGGGUCCCUUCCUCAAGGGUUACAUCGCCUUUCUUCUCUGGAGGAGUUACGUGUGGUUCACUGUCCAAACAUCCGAUCGAUGCCCAAGGAGGGCCUCCCGCUUUCGCUGAGAAAAUUCCAAGUGCUGAAUGUUGGCAGCGCUGAGAUGAAGGAGCAAAUUGAGAAAAUCAAAAGAACCAGCCCAGAUUUAUCCGUCGAUUAUUACUAAUAACUAUA